CCGCGCGAUAACCUGACGUACGGAGGGAAAGUUCUUCAUGGUCUCCCUCUCUCUCUUUCUCUCUCUCUUUCUUCCUCUCUCUCUCUCCGCAAUAGUGUACCGGACCAGUUGUGGUCAACGAGUUCGUGUGAUUCGGUUGUCUGUGCGGGGUGUCGCGCAUUGCAAGGUGAACAAGUCACGCCGCGGUGCAUCGUGUAAAGCGUCCUGUGUUGCAGCGCGAUUCUGCAUCAUCGCGAGAAUGGCCGUCCCCGACAUAAUGCUGUGAAGUGCCACUUUUGGAUUGAGAUACCUCUCGACCGCGUCAGAGGGCCAUCGCGGUCGCCACCGGUUGUCAUUAUCGUGGUUUAUGCGAAUGUCCAAGGACCAGCUGGCACCGGUCGCCGAGAGACGUUCGUGCCGCGAACGAUAUGCAUAUCUCCGUACGUGUGAUAAGCGCAGCUUUGACAGCGGUGCCAAAACCGGCGCGUGCUGUAAACGAUUAGCCGGACAAAGUGAUUACGGCACGCGCCGUUUCGCGAUUGCAAACAACGAAGAGUAAGAAGAGGAGAGAAACAGAGAGAGAGAGAGAGAGAGAGAGAGACACUAACGGUGACUGCGAGUACUCGCAAUACGUACGCGGUCCCCCGAGAAGAUUGCGCGCGGCGGACGCGAAAUUAGUUAUCUCCGCGAAGCGUUCGCGCGCUUAACGGGAAUCCGCGCGAGCGCAGGAAGCGCGCGCUCCAGUUUCGCCGCGCGGUCUACAGCGCGCGCAACUCGGAGAAAGGCUCGGUUGACGGUGAUUAGACGAAAAAUUUCAAUCGGGUUCGUUUGCAACUCUCAGGACCGCGCUGAAUUCCCGAGGCGGCAGAGCGAGUAGCUGGAGUGCGCGGUGGACGAUCGGUGGAGUGCCGCGUCCGCGGCGCGUCGGUCGAGAGGAGAUUUCAACGCGCGUGUAACACGCGUCCGGAUUCGCCGGAUAUCGAUUCGCGCAUCUGGAAAUGCCUGCGUUGAAGCUCUUCGGUCGAAAAUGGUUGGCCGCAACCGACGACCUCGUGUAUCCUGGCCUGUUCGAAUUAUUUAUCCGUAUUGUAUGGUUGAUUCUUAUAGGGAUCGCCUGCGUAAAGUACUACGAGGAUACGUGGAAUUGUCGGUUGGGAGGUGAAUUAGUGCGCGUGUACCUCCUCGGCGAGGCGGUCAUGCUUGGUAUCGUCACGCUUUUGAUACUCAUCAUUAUCAGGCAGAGCGCGAGGGGGGCUAUCAUGGACACGCAUGCCCGACGCUACGUCCAACCGCUUCUGACGGUCAAGGUAUUGAUGCUGCUGCCAGAGAUCGGAUGGAACAUUCUGGGUACUUUAUGGAUUUUCGGGCAGAACGUGGAGUGCGGUCACGAAUCGUACUCCAUCACCGUCGUGGAAGCCCUGGUGUUUUUCGAUUGGAUCCUGAUCGGCCUCAGCAUCUUCGGCCUCGCCCUGGUGUUCGACCCGAUCGGUUCCCUGGAGAAGAAGCAGCUAGAGAAUUCCGCGGAGCACGGCAAGGUCUCGCGCAUUUGGCUAAGGAGAUUCAAGUUCCUGUGGUGGAUGCGUAAGGACGAGAGCGCGAACGAGACCUUUCAACAAGUCGCUGGUCUUUUAUCCGCCUUAUUCCGAGGUACGGAUUUGGUUCCCUCGGACGUGAUGGCAGGAUGCAUUUUACUGAGAGUCCGGCAGAAGCGAGAGACUCACGAAUUGCGAAAGUUAAAUUUAAUCGCGCGUCCAAAAUACACUUCAGACGCCAGCGCAAUUUUUUCGGGCGCACCUGACUGGAUGUCCUUGGAAGCCGCCCAUCACUUCCUGCAGUUAUCGAUCGCUUCCUACGGCUGGCUUUUCGUAAUAUAUCAGCACACGUGUACCGGAUGUUUUCGUUUGAUACGCGGCAUGAGAUGCUGUGCUUGUUUCCGACGAAAGCGUAACAUUAUUCUGGACGACAACUGUUGCCUCUGUUAUCUUUCUGGCGUGAAAUACCUAUCGAAGAUGUCUGAGGAUGAUAUUCUAUUCGCUUCCUUCAAGAAUCAUUUGUGCGAAAUACCAUUCUGCGUAAUGGCAGAUCAUAAAACUGCCAGUAUUGUUGUGGUCAUACGAGGAUCAUUAUCCUUGCGGGAUAUAAUUACUGAUUUCGCGGCCGCGUCUGAUUCAUUUGAAUGUCCUGGUGUUCCACCAGGCAGCACGGCCCACAAAGGCAUGAUAAUAGGGGUAAAAGUAAUCUUGAAGCAAUUGGAGAACCAUAAAGUCCUGGAAAGAGCGUUCGCCACGUAUCCCAAUUAUCAUCUGACGAUUACUGGCCACAGUUUAGGAGCCGGUUUAGCCAUUCUGCUGGGCUUACUGAUACGUCCUCGUUACCCGGAGUUGAGAGUCUACGCGUUUGCUACGCCUGCUGGGCUACUCAGCAGGGAAGCUGCUAGAGUCACGGAGGAAUUCGUAUUGACUGUAGGACUUGGGGAUGAUCUCGUAAUGAGGCUCAGUGUGGAUAGCAUAGAGAAUUUAAGGACAUCGUUAUUGACAACUCUUCACGCUUGCCGACUACCUAAGUACAGAGUGGUCCUGAAUGGAUUUGGAUACGCUUUGUUCGGAGUUCCCGAGAGAGAUCUGACUAAAACGUGGGCCAAUCAUAAUAUAAUUAACACAAUACCGGGUCAAUCGCCUUUACUGACCAAAUCCAGCGAUAUGCAGGAUAAUAAGAUAAUAGAGCGCGACAUAACAAAAAGAAGAUAUUCGAGUAUGAAACUGUUUAAUGCUGGUCGUAUACUUCAUAUAGCGAGAUGCAAGCUCGAGAAAACGGAGGGAAAGAGCAAGAAACAACUCGCAAAGGAAAGAAAAUACGAGAUGCGAUGGGCACAAGCGGAGGAAUUUACGAAAUUAACGGUGAUGCCACGCAUGCUUCUGGAUCACUUGCCAGAAAAUAUAGAGCGGGCUUUAGCCACGUUAUUGGAGCAACAGAAUGAUAUACCGUAUUAUUUCGAUCCUUAGUGUAAUCCAAAGAAGUGAUUUUAUAGUUUUAAUAAAAAGAAUUUUCUAAUAAAAUUCUAAAUUAUGAUAUAUCCAAAAA